CAUUAUCCACAAACAAGCUUUAAAUAAUUGUUUCGUUAACACCUUUUCUCUAAAAAAAGCAGAGGUACAUCUACUAUUUUGAAGUAAGAUUUAAACUCAAACUCAAACCACACCGGUUAAACUGUGUCGUUGUGUCGGGUAGACUUCUUCUAGAUGGCCCCAUAUGCCUUCCUCGAAGGUCGUCAAAGACGGCCCCCCUACCUGAGACAAGCUUGAUAAGAUAAGGUCGUCUCGCCCCCGUCCCAUAUAUAUAAUAAUAUGCCUUUCUCCAAUCCGUCAUGGAAGCUGCAGGCCAAGCAGACCUGGUGAUGGUGACAUCUGUUCUGACGGAAUUGCUGUUCUAGCAUAAUGUUUAUAACUCGCUGCAAUAAUUUUGGUCUUUUGUGAAAGCAUUUGUCUUUUUGGGAUUUGUUUUUAAAAUUUUUUAAAGAAAAAAUUACUGCCUUUUAUCGAGUAUCAAUGCAGUGAGUAAAUAACAUCAGACUGCUUAUUCGGCAAGUUUUCAGAAAAUAUACAGGCGUAUAAUAUAAUAAUAAAUAACUUAAUGUUGUUUAUCGAGCAUACCACAUGUACUUUUAUGCUAACCGGUAGCCAAUAAUAUAACAACACGUUCUUCAGCCAUAAAGCGAAAGUUUGUUAACGACCAGGCGCUCCUUUAAGUAUGUAAAUCAACCGCUUUUGUUUGUAAAUGUUUAGUGUCUGUUUUGUGAGUGAGUUUUGCGAGAUUCACAAAUUAUUGGCUCAACUUUUUCUGGCGAAUGAUGGGGUACCUUUAGAAUUUUCAUGCACGUUUUUAUUUCGGAACACACGAUCCUGUUUUGAAUAAUCAAGGAUCGUUAAAAUGUGUGUAUAUAAUAUGAACCGGGGAGGCCUGUUACUUUGACUGUGCAUUCCCGCACAUCAGCCAGUUGACUACAGCUCGUUGGACCCAGCGUAUCAGUAAUGGCGGUUGACAUCCGCACCUCGUGUUGUCUGCUCCUGCUUCUCGUCGCCUCGAGCCAGGCAGCCUGGUGUCGCAACGAGUAUUGGACUGGGAUUUUCAACAAACAAGGUUUAGCCAAAUGCGAGGACACAAAGCACGCCUACAUGCAAGGCAUCCACCGGCUGGCCAAGGGUUCCCCUGACGGCAUCUCCUUGAUCGACCAAGUCGGCUGCUGCUACGGCACUGUCCCCUACACGUACGACUUCUCCCAGGUCUACUACGCCGACUGGACCAAGAGUUUCGAUGCCAACAACCGAUGGAACUCCUGUCCUCGUGGUUACUUCGUGCAAGGUCUCUACAGAGACAAGGGCACAAACACGCUGCAGGACAUCGCAGAAGGCCGGUGCAUCAAGCCAGCCUCUCACCCCUACAGAUACGGCGAGUGCUACGACCUGAGCCUUAGCUCCUUGUUCGACACCGAGGGCUGGCACAGAUGUGACGACGGCUUCUUCAUCACCGGCAUGUAUCGCGGAGGCUGCAACGAGCUGCACUGUCUCAAGACGCUCAAGUGCUGCACGAUGGCGCCUCAGCCCCAGGUCGUCAACUCCCUGUCGGCUGCCAAGGUUAUGGUGAUGGACAACACCAUGUCCGAUAUAGCCAAACUGGCUGACAUGUUGGGCUACGGCUGGUGUGCCGGAUGUCGCGCGGCGUACGUCGGAGAGGACUUCCGCAGAGACGGAGACAAGUGGGUGGCCGACAAGAGAGGGCCCUGUACCGGGCACAAGGCAGAUCACCGGCUGUCCAUGGAGUACGGGGACUGGAAGUUCGCCAUCAAGGAGAUGGUCUUUGGCGACCCAAUCAUCCAGGAGCUGCAGCCCGAGGCUAUCGACACAGGCAUCUUGACCAACGACUCCCCGAACGUCGUGACCCACGAACUGGAGCGAGGUACCGAGGUGACCCGCACCGUGACCCACACCACCAGUUCAGAGUGGAAACACUCGGAAGAACUUGGUAUUACAGUGGGCUACAGCCCGCCCGACGCAACAGGCGGUUUUAGCGCAGAGUCCAGCUUCACUUUCAAUUACGAGUCGACUUCCUCGACAGAAGAUGCUAACGGUCUUGAGCAAAAGAAGAGCUUCUCUGUUAAGCAGAGCACCAAAGUCAAACCCAAAUCAGCCGUCAAGUGGACCAUGAUCCUGUCCAAGACACGCCGCACCGUGCCCUACACCGCUAAGGUUGUGGUUCAAUUCUCCACAGAGCUCCAAGGCUUCUUGCGAUGGGGAGGAGGCGUCAACGGCGACACCACCAACUUCCACAACACGCACAAAGGCAGCGGAGACAGGCCCACCUUCAACUACAAGUUCGGCUCCCCCAAGACGCCUUUCUACGAGGCUCUGAAGUAUCAGAGUGACACCAUGCAGUACCCGUGGCUGUGGGCGGACAUGGAGGCGAGGUACUCCAACGCCCGGGAGCUCAUUGAGAGCCUGUCGGACGAUGGGCGCUACGAGUUCUUCCUCACUGGCAAGUUUGACGACAUCAGCGGAAAAGACGUGCAGAUCAAGUGGAGCAAAGCAGGCAGCGCCCGCAGACGCAAGAGAUCGUCUGAUAACGGGAUCACCCAGGUGGUGGCCAAAGAGGGAGCUAACGACCCACCGGAAGUGUUCCCACCCCCUCCCGUGGUGAAGAAAGACCCCGUGGUCAAAGUGGACACUCUGAACGAGAUGCCCAUCCAGGGAGACUGAGCUAUAAUGGACUCCCCUUUUACUGCGCUCUAGGGUUGUUGUUUUUUUAACGUUACUUUCAACUCUGAAAAGUCGUCAAGUUUCUUGCAAACGUCAGUAUCAUAAACCAUGACUGCGAUUGUUUCGAAACAAUAAACUCUGUUUCUCGUAUCGAUUUACCUCA